AUGGAGUUCUUUUCAAAUUUAUAUGGAAAAUAUUUAUCAAAACAAACAAAUGUUAAUAAUCAUUAUUCAAACAAUAAUUCUAUUUCAUCAAAUAUCGAUUUUGAAUCAAUGAAUCUUGGUUCGAUUAAUAGGAUUAUUGGUUUUGAAUUUGAUGAAGAUUUUUUUAAAAAAAUUGAUAGUAAUGGUGAUACUGCUCUAACUUUUUUUAUUUCUGAAAUUAUAAAAUUUCAAAAAUCUCAAUCAUUUAAUACCGAUUUAAAAUUAUUUAAUAAUUCAAAAUAUAGAUAUUUAUUAGACAUACAAAAUGAUUUUGGUGAAACACCAUUACAUGUUGCAGGCUUUGUAAAAGCUAAUGCAAAUGCAGGAAUUAAAGAUUAUAGAAAUUUAACCCCAUUAGAUAUGGCAAUUAUGUUGGAAUAUAAUGAUAUUAUAAAAAUAUUGGAAACUUCUGAAACUUCAAAACAAUCAAAUGUUCAAUCAAAUAUUUAUAAUUGGGGAGAAAUUCUUACCUCAGAUUUUUUAUUAAAAUCAGAAUGUAAACCAAUUAAAAUUUUAUUUAAUGAUGAAUUAUGUUCACCAAUUUCAAUUGAAUAUGGUCAAAAUUUUAGUUUAAUUUUAACAGAUACUGGUGCAGUUUAUAGUAGUGGUUUAUGUUCAUAUGGUAAAACAGGUCAUAAAAUGAAGAGAGAUAUAUCAAUACCAACACAAAUUAAGUCUUUAGAAAAUAAACGUAUAAAAUCAAUUUCAUGUGGUUCACAUCAUUCAUUAGCAUUGGACGAUUUAGGUUUAGUUUAUUCUUGGGGAAAUGGAUCAAAUGGUAGAUUAGGAUUAGAAUUACAUAUUUUAGGUGAAAAAAAAAUUGUAUCAACACCAACUUUAAUCUCAACAAUUGCUUCAAAUACUUUGGAUCCUGUGGUUGUUCAAAUUUCAGCGGGUUUUGAUAAUUCUUUUCUUAUUACAUCAAAUGGUAGUGUUUAUAGUUUUGGCAGUGCAAUAUCGGAGAAAUUGGGUUAUGACGGCACGGUAUUGGGUUACCAAGCAUUGCCAAGAAAAAUUGAAUCAAUACCUCCAAUGAAACAAGUAUCAGCUAGUAAUUUACAUACAGUUCUACUUGAUACAUGUGGUAAUGUAUAUGCAUUUGGUUCACCAACAAAUGGUAGAUUAGGUAGACCAUCAAAUGGGCCUCGUAAUGAUUAUAAACCAACAAUGGUUAGUUUUGGUAGUGGUGGUGGUGAUGGAACAGUUAUAAAAAAAAUUGCAACUGGUACAAAUUUUACAAUUGUUUUAAGUGACAGUGGUGAACUUUUUGGUUGGGGUGGGAAUUCUAAUGGUCAAUUGGGGGUUGAACCAAUAUGUAAUGUUUCAGAUUCAUUUGAUUCACCUACUUUAAUUAAAUGUUUAUCCAAUUUAAAUUGUGGUAAAAUUACAAUUCAUGAUUUUGCAGUUGGUGAUCAACAUGUUGUUAUAUUAAGUGAUGUUGGGGAAGUUUUUUGUUUUGGUGAGGAUAGAAAGGCACAAUGUGGAAUUGGUAUAUCAUAUCCAGGCUACAAUGACAUAUCAUUAACACAAAUUCAAUCAAAUAAUUUCAAUGGACGUAAUAUUUUUAAAGUUUAUGCUGGUGCUAAUAAUACAAUGGUAUCAUUAUCACCUGAUCAUCAUAUAUUUGGUGAAGAAUUAUUAAAACUUUUAAAUUCAAAUUUAUUCACUGAUAUAAAAUUAAAAGUUACAGAAUCAGAUCAAAUCAUUAAUGCUCAUAAAAUUGUAUUAGCAGCACGUUGUAAAAAAUUUCAUUCAUUAAUUUCAUUACAAUUAAAUAAUCCAACAAAACCUCAAUCAAUUAAAUAUAAUGAUUAUGAUAAUAAUAGUACAACCAAAUAUAUAACAUCAGAAAUUAUAGAUGGUAUACUUUAUAUUACUUUUCCAAUAUCUUUUAAAGUUUUAAAUUUAUUUUUAAAAUAUUUAUAUUCAGAUCAUGUAAAUUUAACUCAAUCAAUUACAGAUGAAUUAGGUGAAUUAUCACACUGUAUGGGGGUGGGUAGAUUAUCAUAUCUUUGUAAUUUUAAAAAUAAUUUAUCAUUACAAAAAUUACCAAUCUCUACAUUAUUAGAAGAUUUAAAGAAAAUUCAAAAUCAAGAAUAUAUUGAUAUUUAUUCAAAUGUUCAAUUUAAUUGUGUAUCAAAUGCUGAUCCCUUAGAAAAUGGAGUUAUUAAAUCAUAUAAAUUAUUUUCAAAUUUAGGUUCAUUUUAUUUUAAAAAAAUGUUGGGGGGAUCAUAUAUAGAAUCUGAACAAAAUGAAAUUCAUUUAAAUCAAACAUCAAUUCAUGGUUUAAGAUCAUUAUUAAAAUAUUGUUAUUGUGAAGAAAUCCCUGAAGAUAUAAAUGAAUGUAUAGAAUUAAUUAUAUUAUCUGAUAUUCAUUCAAUGCAUAGAGCAAAGGAUAUAACAUCAGCUAAAAUAAGAUCACUAAUGGAUAAUGAUUCAAUUUGUUAUAUUUACCAUAUUUCUAAAUUAUAUAAUGUUAAACCACUUUCAAUUUGGUGUUUGGCAAAAUUAAAUUUAAUUUCAACAACACAAGAAAAUUUAAAAAAAUUACCAUAUUUUGAUCAAUUACCAAAUGAAUUGAAAAUUGAAAUCUUAAAUUCCUUAAAAAAAUAA